AUGGGCCUGCUUGACCGUGAUUCACAAAACUUCACUGAGGCCGUCGAAAACAUCGAGGCCGCUCGAUCGCUGCUGGAGGAGAUUGGAGAGAAGGGUAACACAGAGUAUUGUUCGAAACUCCUGCUUGAGAUGCAGAACACUGCGGGCCCCUGA